UGCUAGUUGCUAGUUACAUAUUAUUAUAUAUAGCUCAAACUUGAAUGGACGUUGCGGAUUGCGGCAAAACUAAUCUACUAUAAUUCAAUUAUAUCAAUUACUUUCACUGAAUACAUAACUUGGUUACCUACAUGAAAGUUGAAAUCAGUGUGGAAUGAACAUUCAGUUAUAGUUCAACUAUUUUAAGUGUUUAUCAUGGAGGAAAAACACAUUUUAUCAUUGGAUAUAGGAACGACAACGAUUCGGUCGUACAUUUAUAAUUCCAAAACUGAUAUCGUCGGCAAAUCAAUUGGUCAGGUAAUUCUUCACUAUCCAUUUCCUGGACAUGUUGAAAUUGAUCCUGAUGAAAUAUGGGAGUCGAUUCUAAAUGUUGUGAAGGAAUCUCUUCAAGAUGCGAAGUUAUCUGCCGGUCAUAUCACCGCAAUGGGAAUAUCGACACAGAGAAGCACCUUCAUAACAUGGUCCAAAAACACCGGGAAACCCUUUCACAAGUUCAUAACUUGGAAGGACCUAAGGGCUGAUAAGCUGGUUAAACUUUGGAAUGAUUCGUUUAUUUGGAAGAUGAUCAAAGUCGGCGCGUAUGUUCUAUACGUCGUUUCUCGAAGUUCAAGGUUCCGCGCGGGAAGUGUGUUGAAAUUCUCAAACAAUCAGACAACGCUUAGAUUAUACUGGGCGCUGCAGAAUAUACCGGAACUGAAGGCAGCAGUGGACACCAAUGACGCCAUGUUCGGGACAUUGGACACUUGGCUGCUAUAUAAGAUGACAGGUGGUAAAGUCCACAUGACAGACGUAUCUUCGGCUUCGGCUACGGGCUUUUACGACCCGUUCACGAUGCAAUGGGCAGGCUGGGCUAUGAAUCUCUUUGGUCUACCAGUGGCUGCCUUACCCCAAGUGGUGGAUACAGCGGGGGAACAUUUCACCAGCACCGAUCCCAGUCUGUGGGGACACGCCAUACCGAUAAGGAGCUGUAUAGCGGACCAAACCGCGUCCAUGUGGGGUUCGUGCUGCUUCGACGUGGGUGACGUGAAACUCACCAUGGGUACCGGUACAUUCUUCAACAUCAACACCGGAGUCAAACCCCACGCGAGCGUGUCGGGUUUCUACCCCAUCGUGGGCUGGCGGAUUGGGGAAGAAGUGGUGUAUUCGGCGGAGGGAGCGAAUAAUGAUACGGCCAGUAUUAUUAAGUGGGCGCAGAGUUUGGGACUGUUCGAUAGCCCAGAAGAUACGGCAGACAUAGCGACGUCAGUGCCCGAUUCUGAUGGAGUCUUCUUCAUACCUGCUUUCAGUGGCCUAGGGCCCCCUUACAACGACAGCGGGGCGGCGUCGGGGUUCGUCGGUAUUCGGCCGUCCACACGUCGGGCGCACCUCGUCCGCGCCGUGUUCGAGUCGCUGGCCUUCCGCACCGCGCAGCUGUGUGCGUGCGCCAGAGCCGAGACCGACUACGAGUUUGAUACUAUACGUAUAGACGGCGGUGUCGCCAACAACGACUUUGUGUCGCAGCUUAUCGCCGAUCUGACUGGGCUACGUGUGGAGAGGCCUGUACAUGUCGAGAUGUCGUCGCUAGGCUGCGCGCAUGUGGUGGGACUUCAACAAGGUAUUUUCAAAUCGAAAGAACAACUGAAGUCGCUUAGAAAGGUAGGAGCAGUUUUUCAUCCGCGGCCGCAAGUGAAAAAAGCGUACGAGGUCACAUUCGAACGAUGGAAGGACGCCGCUAAGAGAAUGUGUGGAUGGUAUACAGACAAUAAACAGACGAAUGCAGUAUCUGACACUAGCCCUUUGACGUCUCAGAAUAGCUUUAAGUUUGGGAAGCAGAAAUAGCAUAGGCUUUUAUGCUGGCUGCUCUUUAUCGUGUGCCUCAUGACAUAUAGAUGAUAUAGGUUUAAUUUUAGGGUUUGGUUGCAUAAGUGCUAUCAGGGUAUUCGGUUUUA